CUUGAUUAACACAAUUCGUUAGGUACAAUUGAUCUAGUUCAGUUUCUAUCCAAAAUCUAGUAAAAAGUGAAUAACUAUGGGUAAGAAAGCGCUGGCGCCCGAUCGACCCACUAUCGAUGUGUGCCAUGAGACGUUUGUGCACCACACAGCAGGCCAGAGUGGAGCGAUGACCAAUUUCACACAAGUUCUUCCAGCCAAAGUGAUACCCAAGGAGAAUGUGUUCGCCACCGCUGAAAUGGAUUCUCCCUCAGGGCUCAAUGAGAAGCAAGCUAUGGCACCGAAAGUACCGGAGAAGAAAGCCCUACAGAAGAUACCGUCUAUCACUUGCGAGUAUGAAAAG